AUGACGCCUCUACUUAAAUCGAGUUUACAAGAAAACCUCAAACCAAUAACUAUUAACUACUUAAAUUCAUCAUACUCUUAGACUAUUUAUGUUGAUAAGAAUACAUUAGCGUGUGAAUUAAUUGUUAGAGCUAUUUAAGAAUAUAAAAAAAACUUAAAUUUUGAUUAGAGCUUGUUAAAAUAUUCAAAUUUUACACUAGCUUAUAAAUUAACUAGUAUUGAUGACUUUUGUGAUUUUUCUGCCUAUCCCUCUUUCAAAGAUAGUAUUAUUGAUAAAAAAUCUGUUUAAGAGGAUGAACAUUAAUAAUUUUAAUACAUAUUUGAUAAUUUGGAUAGAAAUUUUAAUAGAAAGUUCUUUUAUUUGGAAUUGAACUCACAUGUGGAUUUCAAAAAUCUUACUUUAGAAAUUGCAGAUACAUCAAGCUUUGGCAUAGAUUUACUCACUAUUGAAAUAACUCAUAAAACUUAUCCUACUUAAAUAAUUUUAUUGUUAGAAGACAUAAAAAAUAAAAUAUUUUAUAAUUUAAAAUUUGAAGAAAACGCAACCAUUCAAGAUAUUUAUAAUUAACUAUAAAAAAAAGGUAAUUUUAAAUGUAAUCAAAAUGAAUGUUUUUUUUUAUUAAAAUAUCCUUGUGUAAAUGUUAAUAAUUUAGAACCUUUAGAUAUUAAGUUUCCAAUCUCUUUAUUACCGAUUCAUUGGUUAAUAAUAUAAUAUAAAUACGAUUAAAAAAAUACAAUCAGUUCUUCUUCAAACAAUCUUAAUGAUUGUUUUAUGAAUUCUGAAUUAAGAUUGUCCUCAAUUUAAAUCAUAUCACCAUCAAUUAUUUAGAAAGAUGAUUAUAUUGAUAGAAAAAAUGUUUAGAUGUUUAACUAUAAAGAAUACAAGUUAAUAAAAUUAGAAAAUAAUGAAUCAUUGAAUAAAGUAAUAGUUGAAUUAGACUAUUUUGAUUUGUAUUACUACUAAACUUCUAAAAAAUAAUAAAAAUAUUUUUAUUAUAAGAUUGCUAAAGGGAAGAUUUAAUUUUUAUUAAUAAGUAUAUUAUAGUAUUUUAUGUGCCAUAGAUUAUAUUUUAGAUACAAAUCCAAUUUGCAUUGCAAAUAAUUCUUUAACAUAUUGAGUUAUGUAGUUUAAGUAGUUCAAUCAAUUGAUUUAGAUUAUUAUUGA